GAAUUAAAUGUUGCGUCACGUUGUUUUGUUUACUUUUAUUCAUUGAAAAACUUCUAAUUUUUGAUUUCUUGAAGAAAAUAAGUGCGUAAUUCAUUACCACGAUGAAAUAAACUUUUCUUCUUCGUCUACUACAGACCAAAUAAGUGUACUGAAAUAUUACAAGUUUAUAUGGACAUGGAGUAAUGAUUAAAUCGUCUAAAUAGUUGCAUCACAUUUUGGAUUUAAAUUGCGAUUGUUGUGAAACGCUAUCUCAGUCUGCGACCGUAGCCUGACGAAGGGUGUAUGGUCCAUUGUUUAUUUAAGAUAUUUUCAUGAUAUUAGAAGAGGUUUCGUACAAUAUGCCGCCACGAAAGCGCGGGAGACAGGGAGUCAGUGAUGCGAGUGACGACGACGAUGAUUACCGAAAACGGAGAGAUCGCAACAAUGAGGCUGUAAAAAAGAGCAGGUUUAAGUCAAAGCAACGGACACAGGAGACAUUUACGCGGGUCAACAAGCUGAAGGAGGAAAAUAAAGUUCUUGAAGAGAAAGUUAAGACGCUAACAAAGGAACUCCAAUUUUUAAAGGAGUUAUUCCUUGCACAUGCUUCAAACACACAUACCAAUUCUAAAUUUCAGGGCAUCGACCUGGAGAAAUUAUUGGCAGAAGUUCCUGAUGAAAAGGAACAGAAAAAGAGUAAAUAGUUUAAUUACAGCAGACCUCGGGGUUCAAAACUGAUAGGAAAAUGGGGUAUUUACAAAGAUUAGGGAAUUUAGUUUUAAGACUGCAGACAUUAAUUUAAGUACAACUGGUGUAAUGGUGAUCGCAGGUGAAAUGUGAAAAAAAUGAGUCCUGUGGACUUUUUGACUGAUUUGAGUUUCUAUAUUGAUUUGAUGAUAUUAUGUCAAUUUUAAAAUAUUUGAUUAAAAAUAAUUAGUUUAUUUUUGUUGUGUUCAAUAAUAAGUAUUUAUUUCAAUUAGCAAUCAAAGAUCUUAGUAAUAGAAUCUUUUUUCCACAUUCAUAAUAUAAGACUUGUAUUUUAAAGUACUACUUAAUUACGUAGACAUUAUAAAGUUAUGAAUGAAAAAUUUUACAACUUAAAAAACAAGAAGUGUAAACAAAAAAAAACAAAAUUUAAAAUGGAGGUUUUUGUGCCAAUACAAAUUAUUGUUUUUGAAUACAUACCAGUGAAAAAUCAUACAAAUAGUAGGUUUUAUUGUUUUGUUUCCUGAUAAAUUAAUAAUAUUGUACUGAGCUAAGUAUUUUGCACAUUUCUACUCAAAAUCAUGAUUUUUUAUAAAUCUCAAAAGUCAAUUUUAACAUAAACUUUAAAAUUUGUGAAUUUUUUUUUUAUUGUGAAUUUGACCAGUUUAAGUAGCAAAGCAGUUUAAGCAAAAAUAGUAUUAUGCCUAGUUAAGAAAAAAAACUAUUUAAGUAACUAUUUUAGAAAAUUGAUCAUAUAAAUAAAGGAAAAUUUUAAAUUGAUGCAUUAUUUUUUCUACCAACACGAGAUAUUAUUUAUAUGAAAAUUAUUAAAAAAGUAAUUUUACUAUAGACACAAUUAUUAUAAGAUAUUUGAGAUUUCAGCUCCUAUUCUUUAACAAUUUUUUAUAACAGUCCUUUAAUGAAAACUGCAUUGUAAGAAAAUUUGAUUGUAUGUAAGAGCGCUCUCUAUGUAAAAUUAGUAUGUUUUUUAUAUCUGUUGAAAAUAAAACAUGAUUUUGUAUUACCUCUGCUAUGUUUAUCUUAGUUAAUACUGGUUAUUUUGAUAAUAACUAUGAUUAAGGUACUAUAAUGCAAAUAUUGAAUUAGCUAGGAAAAUCUAUACUAAUAUUAUAAAGCUGAAGAGUUUGUUUUGUUUGUUUGUUUGUUUAAACGCGCUAAUCUCAGAAACUACUGAACCGAUUUGAAUAAUUCUUUCACUGUUAGAUAGUCUAUUUAUCGAGGAAGGCUAUAGGCUACAUUUUAUCCCGGAUUUCCUACGGGAAACGUCAACAAUGCAGGUGAAAGUUGAAUGAGUCGGCCAUCUGCGAGCUUUCCACGCGAACGCUGCGCAAACCAACAAAGAUAUAGUAAAACAAUGUACUAAAGAUGUGAAGUACUCAUUUUUUGCCACAAAAAAGUCCGCGAGAGCAUAUAUCUAUCUCUUAAGGUUUACUUACAAUAACCACUUUUAUGUUCAUUUUUUAGAUUAUUUUUUCAUUUUAAACAUAAGUUAUUUUGAAACCAAUUUUCUUUAAUUCAGUAUUAAUCCUUAUCCAAAUAAAUAUGUUUAUUACUUUCGGCUUUUCAUGUAGACUAAAAUUGCCAUUUACAGUAUAUAAAUCAGACGAAUAGGUUUUGAGAUAUAGUCGUUAUAAGCAAUUUGCAGCGAAACAUUUAAUACGGCGAACCAGCGUUCUUUCUAAUACGCGUGACCGCCUGACUGCAAACGCACAACCUCUCACCCUAAACGCAUAUACAUAUACGGUCUCCGUUCGGUCGCGGGUAAUGAUGUGGGCCAAGUCGUUUCCAAGUUGCUUAACAAUUAGCAGCUAAAAUUGAUAAAGCCGAGGAGGAUGUUUGCAAAAAUAAAUAUGAUGCCCAAAAUAACUAUUCCACGCGGACGAAGUCGCGGGCACAGCUAGUGUCUUUAUAUGGCUCUAGGUUUUCUUACCACCAAUUGGUCCCUUAGGCCCUUUAUAUAACACUAGAGGGUCGCCCGCGACUUCGUCCGCAUGGUAAUCCUAUCAAUCCCGUGGGAACUCCGGGAUAAAAAGUAGCCUAUUAUGUUAUUCUGGGUCUUCAGCUACCUACAUACAUACCAAAUUUCAUUGUAAUCGGUUCAUUAGUUUUUGCGUGAAGGAGUAACAAACAUCCAUAAUGACAUACUCACAAACUUUCGCAUUUAUAAUAUUAGAAGGAUUCAUUCUCUACCAUUGACCAUGUAUAAUUUUGCAAAGUAUUGUACUGGGAAAAGAUCUUUCGGUGGUUCGGUAAUUAUAAGGCACAUAAAGAAGAAAUAAGUAUUACUCAUGAAAUGGCCUACUGAAUUUGUAAUAAGAGCAACAGGAUUGCACAAUAUUAGAAAUAAAACCACAACCGUUUUUAGUAUCUAAGGUAUAAUACAUUGUGUAUUGUAAAUAUUGCACAAUAUUUGAACCAUUUAAAGUACAACUCACGACGAAAUAAGGAACUUUAUGUUUGUAAUG